AUGGAGGCCGGCGUGGGAGGGGGCAACUGCGCUGGGCUCGUCGCCGUCGCGGCGGUGUCGGCCGCGGUCACGCUCGCCACCGUGCGCCUCUUCCGCGGCCUCGAGUCCGACUUCAGGAAGAAGAUCCAGCUCCAGGAGCACGGGGCUCAGAUGGCGGGCGGCGUGAGGCCGGCGACGGGGAAGAAGAAGGUGCGGUUCGCGGACGACGUGGUGGAGCCGUCCUCCAACAACGACGUGUACCGGAGAAGAAGGCAGCGGUUGGCCGCUGGCCAGACGUCGUAG